UGCAAAAUCUAAAGUAAUACUAUAUCUAAAAAAGAAGAAAAGUGGAAAGCAAAAGAGGGGCAGCAGCAUUCAAAGCUCUCUCUCUCUCUCUUUGUGGGAGUGCAUGACUUUCAUCACAACCACCAGCACUACAAAACCUUGGAUUCAAAGUCACAAUAAAUAGGGCACAGCACUUAAAGGAAACAGAGAGUGAAAUGAGUAGCAAAGAAGCAUUGGAUUUGGAUGGCAGCGCUAAAAAAGGCAGAGCUAGAAAAGCAGGGCCUGUUUGGGAGAGCAAAAUGAUGGUCAAAGCUGCAGACGUCAACACAGUAAAGAUUCGCAGCAGAAGUAGUAGAAUGAGCAAUGCAGAGAUUCAGGUAGACAAACAGAGUCCAACGAGUGCCAUGAACAAGAGAUCUGAUUUCGGCAUCAUCAGGAAAAGUCCGCCUCAGAUCAAGAGAACCAGAUCCGCUUCAACCACCACUGUUGCUGAUGAGAUUAACACGCUCAAGUUAAGGAAAAUCAAAUCCGGUUCUGACCAUCAAGUGCCACUCGAUGUCGAUCAACACACAACCAAUGAUGAAAUAGUGGUUGCCGAUUUGAAUGAAGAAGAUGUCGGGAUUAUCAAAUCGAGACACGAAGCAGAUGAGGCCAUCACCACAAACAAUGAAGAUCAUCAUCUUGAGGAAGAGGAAGAGGAAGAGGAAGAGGAAGAGGAAAAACUUGUGAGUGAAGAGAAGAAAUUGCUUCACAGCAACGAUAGAUCGCCGCCACCUACUGUGGAAGAGAUAGCUCCGGCGAGAAUUCAACAAAAAAUCAAUCCAAUUCCAGAUCAUCAUCACCAUGGAACUUCAAGCAGACUUGAGAGUUUUGCUGAUCUAAUAAUGUGGAGAGAUGCAUCAAGAUCAGCAUUUGUAUUUGGGGUUGGAGCAUUUGCCAUAAUUUCCUCUUCAUACACGAAAGAUCUCAAUAUCAGCUGUAUCUCUGUGCUUUCCUACUUAGGCCUUGUGUAUCUUGCUGCAAGUUUUAUCUUGAGAUCCAUCAUAAGCAGGGAAAAUGUGGAUACUGAUAGCAGAGAUGAAGAAUAUGUUGUUGGAGAGGAAGAAGCUGUUUGGCUUAUAAAACUGGUUUUGCCUUAUGUAAAUGAGUUUCUAUCCAAAUUGAGAAGCCUUUUUUCUGGAGAUCCAGCCACCACAAUGAAGUUGGCAGUUUCGCUGUUUAUUUUAGCAAGAUGUGGAGGCUCCAUAACCAUCUGGAAAAUGACAAAAUUAGGUUUUUUUGGAGUUUUCAUGGUGCCAAAACUCUGUUCUUCCUACUCCUCUCAGUUAGCUGCUUACGGUACAUUCUGGAUUCGAAGAUUCGGAGAUGCUUGGGAAUCAUGUAGUCACAAGAAAGCAGUGGCGUUUGGAAUAUUCAGUCUUGUCUGGAAUUUGUCUUCAGUUGUUGCUCGAAUUUGGUCGGUUUUUCUGUUAUUCGUUGCGUUUAAGUACUAUCAACAGUGUCGCAUCAAAGAGGAAGGCUUAGGAGAAGAAGUUGCUGCUACUCCAUACAGUGGAAAACGAGUACCACCUCAAAAUUUAAAUUGUAUAGAUAUCAAAACACAAAAGAUAGUGUGCUAGAGCUAGAUCAAUAAUCCCUUCUAUAGUUAUAUAUGUAUAUUCACUUUUUCCUUCCUUAACUUUAAAAAUAUAUAUAUGUAUGUGCAUUCAUAGUCAUAGAAUUUCCUUUUCUUUUUUUCUUUCCACCUUUUGAAAGGGAUAAUGAAGUGAGAUUGUUUUUA